AUGGCCGGCGACGGCGGCGGGACGUACCCGGUCAUCGGCGGCGGCGACGCGUCCAAGCGUCCCGUCGCCGGCGCGCCAUCAUCGUCUGAUGGGGCGUGCCCCGACGGAUACGACCCGCUCGUGUGGCAGGCGCGCGUCGACCUCGCCGCGUGCUAUCACCUGUGCGAUCAGAUGGACAUGAACGAGGGGAUAUGUAACCACCUCACCGUCAUGGUCCCGGGCACCACUGACAGGUUCCUCUGCAUCCCUUACGGCCUCCUGUGGACCGAGGUCACGGCGAGCAACCUCCUCCUGUUGGAUGACGCCGGGAACGUGUUGGAGGGCGAAGGGACGAUCGACGCCACCGCUUUCUUCAUCCACAAGGCGAUCCACAAGACCGGCGUGACGUGCGUCCUUCACACGCACCAACCCUACGCCACCGCGCUGUGCUGCACCAAGGGGUUCAGGCUGCGCAUGUGCCACCAAAACUCGCUCCGAUUCUUCGACGAGGUGGCUUACGAUCCCGUCUUCAACGGCUUGGUGUUGGACGAUACGGAGGGGGACAGGCUGGUGGCGGUGAUGGGCGGUAAGAGCGUCUUGUUCCACGCCAACCACGGCGUCAUCGUGUGCGGACCGAGCGUCGCCGAGGCGUUCGACGACAUGUACUAUCUCGAGCGAUGCUGCAAGGUUCAGAUUCUGGCGAUGAGCUCGGGCGAGGACUUGAACAUCGUGAGCGACGAGGUCGCGAAGAAGUUCAAGGAGGAUUGCGCCAGCGACGGGGGCAAGGCGAACUGGGCGAAACUGCACUUCGACGCGCUGAAGCGGGGUCUGAUGCGCGGGCCCGGCCGCAUCUUCCGCGAGUGA